UUCCCUCAGCAUCCCACCCAUCACAAGGGGUAUCUCCUCCGCGAAAGCGCUGCGAACCAACUGCUCUGUCUUGUAGAUGCCUCCUUGAGCCUAGUUGCGGCCACCCGCAGACACUUGGAAGGAGGAGAGACGUCAGCCUGCUCGAGACAACUGUGCCAUCUGGAACAAGAGGUCGGGCUCCAAGAAGUGAGCGCUGCAGCCAGAAGACAAGCGACAGGCCUUGACGACACUGCUACUGAGAGGUCCGCCAUGGCCUCUCUCGGCGUUCAACUUGUGGGCUACAUCCUAGGCCUUCUCGGAUUAUUGGGGACCCUGGUGGCCAUGCUGCUCCCCAGUUGGCGAACGAGUUCUUACGUGGGUGCCAGCAUUGUGACGGCUGUCGGCUUCUCCAAGGGCCUCUGGAUGGAAUGUGCCACUCACAGCACAGGCAUCACCCAAUGUGACAUCUACAGCACCCUUCUGGGCCUACCCUCGGACAUCCAGGCUGCCCAGGCCAUGAUGGUGACCUCCAGUGCGUUCUCCUCGCUGGCCUGCAUUAUCUCCGUGGUGGGGAUGAGAUGCACGGUGUUCUGCCAGGACUCCCGGGCCAAAGACAGAGUGGCGGUCGUGGGAGGCGUCUUAUUCAUCCUUGGAGGCCUCCUGGGCUUCAUCCCCGUUGCCUGGAAUCUUCAUGGGAUCCUGCGGGACUUCUACUCCCCAGUGGUGCCUAACAGCAUGAAAUUUGAGAUUGGAGAGGCACUCUACUUGGGCAUUAUUUCCGCCCUCUUCUCCUUUGUAGCCGGAAUCAUCCUCUGCUUUUCCUGCUCCUCCCGGGGAAACCAUUCCAACUACUACGAUGCCUACCAGGCGCAGCCCCUCGCCAACAGGGGCUCUCCAAGACCUGCCCAACCACCCAAAGUCAAGAGUGAAUUCAACUCGUACAGUCUGACAGGGUAUGUGUGAAGAACCAGGGGUCAGAACUGAGGGGAGGGGGCUGGGUCUGUGAAAGCCGAUGGACAGUCCUCCCUAGCCACAGGUGAGGAACAUGGCCGCUGGACCAUGUCAGAAGGUGCUGCUGAGAAUAGACUGACUUUGGGCAUCGGAUCAAGCAAAGGCAGAAAGGGGAGCUGGUGUGACAACAUGCAGGUUGAACUAUAAAGGAUGAUGAUCAAGCCAGGCUUUCGGUUUCCCUCCCUUUGCCCCUCACAACCUGCCUUGGGCCCUCUACCCGCUACUCCAAAUCCCAUCCCUUUACUGUAGGGCAGCCCCCCACCCAAGACUCCACUCCACCCUCUUUGUUUACAUGGGAAUCCAUUCCAAAAGACCACUAAUUACAUUCCAUGUCCUGCCCAACCCCUCUGAUUAAAGACCCUCCCUCGGGCUCUGGUUGGUUGGUAGCUUAUGGCUGGGGGUGCUCUUGGGGAGGCAGGGUGAUGGUUUCUAAGAGACACCGCUCAAAGCUCCUUUUUAAGCCUCACUCCAAAGAUAGCGGUUGGGCCCUACGGCUCCCCUACCACUCUGGCUACGACCCAGUGUUUGGGCUAGUUCCCGUGGGAACUGAAAUAAAGACAUCCCACAGUAUCCAGGGGGCAGGAGGAAAGGUAGCCUGGAACCAAAAAGAAAACAACAAAAAGAUGUCUUUCCCAGGAUUUCCGUAUACUCUCGGGUCAGGGACCGGGCCUUUUGCUCAGGCUAAAGGACAAGAGGCCGUGGUGGGAGGCUAAAGGUGGAGCACGGGCUGAUUUCAUGGAGGAACUGUUUCAGGAUGGCAGCCCCAGCUGGCACUGCAGCUCUUGCCUCCCUCUGGGGCAGCCAAUCCUUGUUUCCCAUCUAAAGGACAAGUGAAGGACCCUAAAAGGGGUCUUACAAACAGGGGCUUAGCUGUUCUAGAGUGAUGAUCCAGGAUGAACCAGGAGUGACCGAGGAAGGCAUCUCUAGCUAAGAGCUCUGGCAUCUGAGAAACUGGGGUGAUGUAUGCGGUGUUGCCAAUGGAUGGUUUUUGCUGGACCGCAUGAGAGGCCGCCCCUAGAGAGUCUUUCUGCAGGCCUAAUGGAAAUUCAGCCCCAAAGCUCAGCUCGGGUCCCCUGGGGUCUACCCACAGAGCCUCUGAGCAACUGCAGCACCGGGUGCCAACCCCCCAUGACACUCCACACUUCCCCAGCAGUGCCCUAGGCCAUCUAUGCCCUGGUCUGAGGAACAGCUGAGCUGCUACCUGGAAAUGCACUUUAAGUGGGAGAGCAGAGGGUUCCCCGGCAGAUGGUUUUAGCACCAAAGCCUGAAAAUGCUCCAUUUCCCCUGUGUGGAGAGGGCCCCACACAAGCUAAAGGCGUUUUCCCCUUACUAGCCCGAGAAUGAUCAUCAGCUUUGUCAGAAACGCCAGUAGCCCUCCCCUUAGUCAAGUCCUCCUCAUGCUUGGAGAAUUUGCUCAGCAAGACCCACCCCCACCCCCCACCCCUGUCCCGAGCCUUCUCCGACCACUCCAUUCUUCCCUGCCCCUCUCUUCUCCUGCCCUCCCAAUGGACAAAUCACUCGUCGGAUGCUUGUCAUUCCCAGUUUGAUCGAUAGUUCGGUUCAUUUUUCAUGUGUGGCUGUCUGACAUAUUAGCCCUCUGUAGUUCCCGGACUGUCUGUAAGAGUGCUGAGCACACAUAGGUAAUCAAUAAACAAUUGUUGAUUGAG